CCUUCCCCGCCUCGCCACCUUCCACGAUCUCGCGAGACUUGACCCAGAACAUUGCGGAUCGGGUCGGCGCCAUUUUGGGACUGAGACUGGUUGUGGGGGAGGGAAAAGCGGCAAAAGGGGAUUAUUCAAAGUACCGAAAACCUCCUCCCGGGAUCGAGCGCAGCGGCACCCCCAGGCCAGGGGCACCUCUGGUGUGGCAGAAGGUGAUUGAAUUACUCAUAUAUGAAGAUCAUCUUCUAGAUUUUGUGUAAAAGGCCCCGGAUAUUUGAAGUGGCCAUUUUGGGAUUACAAUGUUUUUGGAUUAUUUUGCCCCAGAAGUUUAUUAAAAGUGGCAAGAAUCAUCUCUGAAGUGAAUUUAUAGUAAUUGAACAAUUCUACAAUCUGCUUAAAGAGACCCAGGCAUUUCUUCAGUAUUUUGGUUCAAACGGAUUAUAUAACUGGUUAAAUUAUUUCAGCUGUGGUAUUUUUGCCUCUUCCCCCUACCCCCAUCCCUCUCCUUUAGUUGUUUUUUAGCCCAAACUGUAAGAUAUGUUUGAUUUGUGUACUGAAUAGUUUCGGCAGUUUCAAAUUACUGUUUAAAUAUUGCUGAAGUUUCUUGGCAGUUUAUUUUACCUUUAUUAAAAAUUUUAGGAAUUUUUGACCUCAGCCCUUUUCAUGUCACAAUGGGACAGCUUUUCUAAAUGAAGACAUUGAAAGAAUACAGAGUUUUUUCCGUUUUAUCUUUUAUUUACAAGGAAAUUUAAGAUGUUGCAGUUUUCCAGCAGCAUGGUAGUAUUGAGAUAGCUAUGUCUCUCUAUAUGCUGAUGUUUAGGAAUGCUCUUCAGAUGUGAAAUUUUCUUUUUGUUUUUGCUUUUUUGCUCAUAAAUUGGAUAUUUCAUCUGGAGUGGAUAAGUACAACAGUGAAAAGUACAUGGAAUAAUAAAGAAGACUUUAAAAUCUUAAAUCCAAGGAACUUGGCUAAUUCUGGAGAUAGCCAUAUGAAAACUUUAAAACAGAAGUAUGGGUAGCUGACUUGAAGUAACUCUAUGUCAAAUAGUCACAGGUUAAGUAUCUUCAAAGAACUUGGAUAUUAUUUCAGAGGAUACAAAAUAAAAAAAACAAACUGGAAAACAUAAAGAUUACAGAGAAAAACCCAACACCUUCCUGUGCAGUCCUGUUGGAAUUUGGACUUGCCAUGAGGUGUUGAAGCCUUGUUUCACUGAGUUGGAGAGACUGGACCUAAAUGGCGCAGCAUGACUUUGCUCCAGCCUGGCUUAAUUUUCCUACUCCACCAUCAUCAACAAAGUCGUCAAUAAAUUUUGAGAAGCAUUCUGAAAACUUUUCAUGGACAGAAAAUCGUUAUGAUGUGAAUCGUCGACGACACAACUCUUCAGAUGGCUUUGAUUCUGGUAUUGGACGUCCUAAUGGAGGUAAUUUUGGAAGGAAAGAAAAAAGUGGAUGGCGGAUGCAUGGAAGAAAUGGUACUGAAAACAUAAAUCAUCGAGGGGGAUACCAUGGUGGAAGUUCCCGUUCUCGUAGCAGUAUUUUCCAUUCUGGAAAAAGCCAAGGACUACAUGAAAACAGCAUACCUGACAAUGAAACAGGGCGGAAAGAAGACAAGAGAGAACGCAAACAGUUUGAGGCUGAGGAUUUUCCGUCUUUAAAUCCUGAAUAUGAGAGAGAACCAAAUCAGAAUAAAUCUUUAGCUGCAGGUGUAUGGGGCCUACACGCCCAGACACACACAUACCCAACCAAAAAAAUCUCCCAAGCUCCUCUCUUAGAAUAUCCUCCGAAUCCUAAAUCUAGAGCUCCAAGGAUGCUGGUUAUUAAGAAAGGUAAUACAAAAGACUUACAGCUAUCUGGAUUCCCAGUGGUAGGAAAUCUUCAGUCACAACCAGUUAAGAACGGGACUGGUCCAAGUGUUUAUAAAGGCUUAGUCCCUAAACCUGCUGCUCCACCUACAAAACCUACACAAUGGAAAAGCCAAACUAAAGAAAAUAAAGUUGGGACUUCUUACCCUCAUGAGUCUACAUAUGGCGUUGGCAACUUCAAUGCUUUUAAAUCAGCUGCCAAGAAUUUUAGUCCAUCAACAACUUCAGUGAAAGAGUGUAAUCGCUCAAAUUCCUCUUCACCUGUUGACAAACUUAAUCAGCAGCCUCGUCUAACCAAACUGACACGUAUGCGCACUGAUAAGAAGAGUGAAUUUUUGAAAGCAUUGAAAAGGGACAGAGUAGAAGAGGAGCAUGAAGAUGAAAGUCAUGCUGGCUCAGAGAAGGAUGAUGAUUCAUUUAAUUUGCAUAACAGCAAUAGUACUCACCAAGAAAGGGACAUAAAUCGAAACUUUGAUGAAAAUGAAAUUCCACAGGAGAAUGGCAAUGCCUCAGUAAUUUCCCAGCAGAUCAUUCGGUCUUCAACCUUCCCACAAACUGAUGUUCUUUCCAGUUCACUUGAGGCAGAACACAGAUUGUUAAAGGAGAUGGGCUGGCAAGAAGACAGUGAGAAUGAUGAAACAUGUGCUCCCUUAACUGAGGAUGAAAUGAGAGAAUUCCAAGUUAUUAGUGAACAGUUACAGAAGAAUGGUCUGAGGAAAAAUGGUAUUUUGAAAAAUGGCCUGAUCUGUGACUUCAAGUUUGGACCCUGGAAAAACAGCACUUUCAAACCCACUAUUGAGAAUGAUGACACAGAGACAAGUAGCAGUGACACAUCAGAUGAUGAUGAUGUGUGAAGGAUUUCCUAACGGCUUUAGAAAUUUUAGUGUGAUACAUCUCUCAUACAGUUUGGGGUGAAUUGUAAAAAUGAAGAACUAUAAUUUAUGUAGUAAAAUACCCCAUUAGAAGAUGAUUUUUUUGAGGGACUUCACUAUGAAGAAAACCAAGAAUGUUGUGUUGGGCUGUGUUGAACAUUAUUUCUUUGUAAAUGAAUGUUGUAGAAAUGAGGACUUUGGUUGAUCCAACAUUGACUUUCUUCAUCACUGCAGCAUUUCUCUGACUAGCAAUGUGACGAUGUAACAAAUGAGAUUUUCUCAUUUAAUAAUAAAAAAUUGUGUAAUGUUUUGCAAAGCUUCUGUCUUAAAAUGUCCAGGUCUUAAGAAAAAAGGCAGCUUACACUGUUUUGCUUGCAGAGUCAUAUCUCUUUCGUACAAUGGAAAUCCUCAAGUCCACUUUGUGCCCCCCCGCCCCCAAAAGGACAAUGUAGCAUGUUGGCUAAAACUGGAGCAAAGUGCACUAAAACAUUAAUUUCCUGAACUCAAGUGUUGUACUAGUCACCUUUUAAAACCUAAAUUGCUCUUUAGCCAUGUGUAGUUCAGUAAACGUUACAGGAAAGACUUGACACACUUUCUUCCAAAUUUUAAGAGGUGAUUUUCAAGAACUUUAUUUGGGUAUGUUUUCAGACCAGGACUUUCAGAGAUGAUGGAAGAGUCUUGUGGGAAUACUUAUUUUGAUAAAUUAUUACACAUGCAGAAAAACUGAUCACACUGACUGGAUCUGUCCACACAUGGAAAAUAAACUGGAUUUUCAGAAUAUUGUUGUUCUCUCUAGUGUUCGAGGUUUUGGUUUCUAAACACAAAAUGCUUUAUUUACGUAUUAAAACAAAGUUAUACUUUCUUUAUUAAAGAUAGUGAUUACUUUCUUAGUUUACAAAAAAAGUUAUGGAAAAUAUCCUUUUUAUUAUCAAAUGCUUAAGUUUAUUGAAUGAAUGUUGUUAAAUAGUCACUUUAUUUUUCACUUGCGUAUUUUAGAAUCAUUACUGUUUCAUUGCUGACUGGAAGAGUAAUUUAGCUCUGUAUAUUUGUAUUUUGCUGUUUCUUGUUUUGUUUACCUGCAUUUGCUUAUAGCUUUCCUCAUCCCAUUUCCGUCCAUGUUUAUAUAUAUGCUGAUUGUAAAGGGUUUAAUCUCAGCAAGAAUGUAGGUUUUCCAUUAGAUUAAGCUAAUAGUCAGUUUUAUCUUCUUUUAAAUUGUAUUUUCUCAGAAGGCUGCAGUGGUUUUGCUGUUUCUACCUCAAGGUCCUGCCCAAACUUCACAGCUUUCAAGAGAAGCCAGAUUUUUUUGUUCACACUGAGACUGGUGGUGAUGGGAAAAUUAAAAAACAAAAACCAAAAGCACAGUUUUAUCCCCACAAAACUAAGGAUGAGUUAGAGUGGUAACAAAGUAUUAAAUAAAUCUUAAAAUUAUCUUUUUAAAUAGAUUCUUCAAAUACACCACAAUGCAAUCUAAUCACCUAGUGUUAAAUGUACUAUCACAUCCCAAGUAUGCUUUGACAAAGCUCUGUCAGUAUCACAUAACGAAAUGUUUGGGGGACUCUUAGAUUUCACUGUUUGGUUAACAGAUUAAUGAAAUCUAUCAGAUGUAAAAUGUAUUUGCUAACAUAAGCUAAAAAGGGACCUGAGAAAUGUGGUUUACAUUAAAAAUCUAACUUUCUACUGAAGAGCUUUCAGAAAAGAUUUCUUAAGAAAAUUUUUCUGGCAUCUUUUGCUUUAUAUUCAGAUAAAAUUUUUUUAUAAUAAUUCUUAUCAGUUAAGUAAUGUUUAUUGUGCAUUCAUGGCAUUGAUAAUGGACUGUGUUUUAGUUUACCUUUUAUAAGCAUGGUGAGGUACAGUGGUGUGGUUUAUUCUCCUUACUAAAUGAUAGUAUCACCAAGCUUGGUUACUGAGUGGGUGGAUCCAUACAAAGUAUUUCAAUAGAACCAUUACAUCUUAGCAUAAUUUUAACUUGCUCUCUGAAUAAUGGGUAGCUGGUAAAGAGUUUGGACCAUAUUGUUUGAAAGGGAGCUCAUAAGUACUAGUUAAAUUGGACAACUAGUGUGGAAUUGUUGAACACAAAAAUAGGCCAUAAUGGAGGUCUGAAAAAAAAAGUACUUUGGGAUGCUUCAUACUCCGUUUCUCCACAGCAGAUUAUUAUGAUUAUUUUUUACAGUCCACUUUACUAAAGUAUAAAUUAACGUAAACUACACAUUUACAGGUAUCAUUUGAUAAACUUUGAUUUGUGAAACCAUCACUGCAAUUAAGGUAGUGAACAAUACCUGUCACCCCCAGAAGUUUUUUGGUUUCCCUUCCUUUGUAAUCCUUCCCUCUUAUUACUACCUCCCUCCUCUCAGCACUUCCUCCCCUCUUUUUGGUAUGAAAUGUAAUAAAUGAGCAAAAAUCUUACGGUAAUGGGUUUAAAAUAGUAUUUCAAAAAUUGUAUCUUAAUUUGCUUUAUAUUAAGAUAAGGAUUAGAAUUAUUUAUAUUUCCAUAAAUCUAUUUCUAUUAAAGUUGAAAUAAAUGUAGAAGUGUUAACCUGAAAAUAAUCAGAUUGAUUUGAUAACACCAGAUUUAUAUUAACUAUUAAAAAUUCAGUGUCUUGAAGGGCCUGAUUCCUAUAAACAAAAACUUUAAAUUCC